AGACUAAUACACUCGCAUAUUCUGUGACCCAAACAUUCCACACGUACACACAAACACACACACUCUAUACGUCACAGGCAAACAUGAGGUAAUCUACGAGCAAUCACACACCAGUGAUUCACGCGUAAAAGAUAUUUCUUGAAGGGAAUUCGUGAGACAUAAUCGAGUGACAAUGAGUGGCCAUAAAACCUUCAGUCUCCUCGGCAAGAAGCCAACAGCAGAAGCACAGAUGAAAGCAAACAAAAGGCAGUUAAAUCAAGCCGGGAGGGACAUUCAGCGGAAUCGGCGAGACUUAGAGAGGCAAGAGAAACAGCUUGAGCUCGAAAUUAAGAAGUUGGCAAAAACACCCGCUAAAAACAAAGAGGCAUUAGGUGUGUUAGCCAAACAGUUAGUUCAAGUAAGGAAGCAGAAGGCUAGAACAUACACAGCAGAUAGCAGGAUAAAGGGAGUGCAGGCACAGCAGACGUCAAUGCAGUCUAACAUGAAACUAGCCAAUGCCAUGGGUGCCACUACUGCAACCAUGAAGAACAUGAAUCAGCUUGUAAAUCCUCAAGAUCUUUCUAAAAAGUUAAAGGACUUUGAACAAGCUUCAGCCAAGUUUGAGAUGACAGAAGAGCUAAUGGACUCGGCACUGGAUGACAUCCUGACGGAAAGUGGUGAUGAAGAAGAAGCCGAUGACAUUGUGAACCAGGUUUUGGAUGAAAUUGGCAUUGAAAUAGGAGCAAAGGUUGCCGGUCUACCAGCAACACAUGCAAGUUCCUUAGGUGAGAGAAGUGCGAAUAAGAAAACAGAGGACAAGGAACUAGAAGAAGCCUUAGCCUGCCUUCGAACUAAUAAUUAAGAACUGCGAGCAAAAAAUAAUAACUUGACUUUGACUUUAUGAAUAUACAGGUACUUAAAUAUAGAGUGGAAUAAUAAAUUUGGAUGAAAGAAUUUAUAUCUAAGAAUAAAGGCAUAGGGAGGGCUUAUCUGUAAAUCUUAAUGGACCUCCUAAGAUUGACUGUUAUUUAGAGAGGAGCAAGGAUAUACUAUUAUGACUUAAAAUGAGUCUCCAUUGAAAUAAACCAUACAAAGGAAGGGUUGAAAAGAGAAGGGAGGAGAUUCAAAAGAAAAGGAGGGCAUUGAAAGAAACAAAAGAGAUUGCAGGGGAGGAAAUUACAUUGUAAAUCAAGGCAUGGUAUCCUAGGCAUACCCAGGCCCAUAAAGAUAAUCACACUCAUGGAUGUGCUCAGAAGCAAUUGAAUUGCAUUAAUAUUAAGAAUUCAGAAAACUUUUAUGUAUCAUGUGUGCAUGCAGAGCUGCAGCUGUGCUUCAUUGUACCUAAAUGAUGCUUGCAUACAGUAUAUGUGUGUAUGUAUGUGUGAAUGUAGGUGGAGGUGAUAAAGGGUAUGAACUGCUGAAUUUUGUUUAUGAUCCGAGCUUUCAGGUGUUCAGAAAGUUGACUGCAGUGCAUAAAAGUGGAAUUCAAGAUGAUAAGCUCUAGACUAGUGAAGCAAUGGCCAUUGUCACAGUAGAAUAGAUCUAACAAUAAUCAUUAUAUUGACUAAUUGCAAAGAAGGGUUUGAAGAUACAUUGGUACAGAAAGCUAAAAAGGACAGCUAGCUAGCUAAAUAAAGGUUUGUUUACAGAGCCUCAGUUCCAAGCCUCUUUAAGACUACACUAGAAGCAUAAAACCUUUAACAUGAGUGAGAUGCGGAUCACUGGCAAACUGGACUUUCUUAUUCUUUUUUCUAAUUUUCUUACACAUAAAGAUUCUUAUUCAGAACUUCCUUGCAGAAUACACUUUUAUAUGCAUGAAGCAACAUAGUUUUAAACAUACUUGACAAAAUUUUUUGAAUGUUUUCUUGUUUGUUUGCCUCCUUUGUCCUCGUUCCUGUUAUUAGAUUGAAAUUUAUUUUGAUUAUUAUUGUCUUUGGACAUACAGAAAGUUGCCAUAUGUCAUAAUUUCUUGUCUAUAUAUAAUAUAUGUGUUUGUAAAUAAUAAUAAAUGUAAGACUAGUGGGCUUGUAUUCUUAUUCCCACUAUUGUUUAGUAAUCCACACCUGUUUUUUUCUUCCUUUUUUCCUUUUCCAUUUUCCCUGUCUCAGUCUUCCUCAGAUACAGUCCAACCCUCAGUGUACUGGAACUAUACCCUAGAGGUGAAAUCCAGUACCCAAAGCCAAAUAAAUUGAACAUUAAGUAGUAUAUAAUUAUUUCAUGCUGUAAGUAGAAUAUUUUAACAUAUGGAUGUUCUCAUACAAGUUUACACAAAACCUUUUUUGUUUUGUAUGAGCUUGAAAAAACAAUUGAACAUCACAGAUGGCAAGUUACAGUUUUUUUAAUUUACUCUAUCUUCCCCAGCUACAGAUUUCAUCCAAUUGCCCUAUGCCUUUAACCCUUUCCUUUAAUAAUCUCUGAUUUACUUCAUUUGUAUCCCUUCUUUACCCUUUUCCCUAUUAUACUAUCCUAUAACCUUUGACAUUUAACACUAUCCAAAUCCUUAUUUUUACCCUUUUCACAACAAUAAUUAACCUUAGUGCUAUAUGACCUGGCACCUUUAUUCGUUUCAACCAUUAAUCAUUUGUAAUUCAAUCAUGUAUUGAACACUUGUUUUGUGUUAUGGAGUAUUUUGGUUUUAUAUGUAAGUAUAAGAUUUAGAUUUAGUAGGGAUCUAGUCCAGAACUGAGUUGGUGUAUUACUUUAUUUGGUCAAUGUAUUUAUUCUACUCUGCCAUAAUCCAGUUUGCCUGAAAAGUAAGAGUGGCUUCCAUUAUCAUACUUAAGCUGGCUCCGGUUCACAUUUCUACCAGCAUCAUAAUACUAUGGUACUCUGUAUAUUUGCAUAAGUGCCUUGAUUUGCAAUAUCUUCCUUGAACAAUAUUCAGAUAAAUAGAAGGACAAGAGAGUAUUUACUUGACAUAUUAGAUUUAGUUGUAUUUUUUUUUCCAUGUAGGUAAAUAAUAUAUUGUAUUCUGUUUGAUGCUAUGGUCUGACUUAAUGUUGUUUCACAUGUAUUAUUCCCCUAAUUGUGAACAUGGGUGGUACUGAUUCUCUUUCAAUCAAUUUUUUCAUUUCUGUGCUAUACUUAAUACUAGAUGUACUAGUUACAAGAGCGACGGGAAAAUCUUCUCUGUAACUUUACAAUCUCAAAUAAGCAUGCCUUCCUGAAAGAACUUUAAUAUUGGAAAUCAGGACAGUGUAUUUAUCUUUCAUGCUGGACAUAAUUUAUCCUAAUCUGUAAGGCUAAUGGUGUACCUAAUUUUUCCAUAUUAUGUUUUAAAAUUUGUUGGUCCAUACUGAUUUGUGAAAAAAUGUCCCAAGCUAGGGUAUUCAUGUAUAGGCCAGCUUUUAUUUGUAAAUAAGGCACCUCACAUAAAUCUUUAUAGAAUCUUAAGACAAAAGACCAUGAAAAUAUCGAGCAUGAGUACGUCCCCUAGCAUAAUGCUAAAACUUGUUCAAAAAGUCCCAUGUAACAAAAAGGAAUGAUUUUGAAAUCCUCUAUUGUAUUUCCGUCCUUAUUGAUGGUACGUGUUGUGGGAGGGCAUGGCAACAUCAUUUUUCUGAUGAUAUUUUUGCUGAUCUCUUAUGCAAAAGUUGUUCUUUCCUCCUAGCUAAGAUUCUCAAUAAGAAAAUAAAUUUCAUGGUUCAGGGAAUUAUAAACCUUUUCUUAAGGAUUUUUAUAUAUAUCCUUCCCUAAAGCUUAAGUGAGUAGUCGUUCUUGUCGUUAGGAGGAAAAACAAUGUCCUCCCUGACUGAAGAGGGAGAGGUAAUUAUUUUUACAUUAAAAAAAUAUUCCUUGUGAUGUGUUCCAUAUUAGAAAUUGUGUUGUGUGAUAAUGUAAUUAGGUGGUUUUACAUAUUUAAUGCACAUGCAAAAUAUGUUACAAAUUAUAAUAUAUAGUUUUGGUGAAGUGUGCCCUUUUAUGCUACUCUAUUUGUUAGUGAGUUCUGCAGUAUUGAAGGCUAUUGGUGUUCAUGAAUAGGCAAAGUCAGUUGGACAAUGAAGAUUUUCGUUAUCUUGAAGUCAUUACGAAUAAGCUCAAAUUUUCAUUGUUUGUUGUUUAUGGCUGAUUGCGCUGUUUCAAUACUAGUAACUGUUUUUGUAAGGAAUACUUUGGACAUAAAGUAUAAAUUUCUGUGAUGAUAAAGGAAUAUGUUUUUCAUAUGAGAAUGUUAAAAUCAAUUGCUUGUUGAGACUGAAUUAAAAUAUUGGUAAGGUUUCA